AUGAUAUUAGUUGAUGAAGAGGGUACUAAAAUUGAAGCUCAAGUUCCAAGUAGGUGGGUUUUCAGAUUUGAAAAGAUGCUUGCUGAAAAUGAAUCUUAUUAUAUCGAGAAUCCUCAAGUUGGUGAAAACACUGCGGAUAACAAAUUUGUGAUUAAUUCAAACAAAUUACAUUUCUGUCCAAUCACAAUGGUUACCAAAUCCAAUGAUUUUGUGGGUCCUCUAGGCCGAAAAGUGAGUGUUACUUUAUGGGAUGAGUAUGCUCUACAAUUUGUUGAUUAUGUGUCAAAUAAUCCAGAAGAAAUGACUGCUAUAAUAAUUAUCCAGUUUGGAAAAGUGUCUGAUUAUCGAGGUCGUUUGUCUGUUUCCUUUUUCAUUUGGCUCUUAGAAUUUAGGAUCGAUGCUUUUCUUUAUGGGGUCAGGUUGUUUUGUGCUCAUGUAUGGGUCAGGUUGUUUCUUGGAAGAAUGAAAGGCGAGAAGAGCUACUUUUCAUGA